GUCAUUUGUGUCUUUCCACUAAGCCAUUCCGUCCCAAACCCUCUGUUCCUCUUCCUUUUCCUUUUACGAUGGCCACACUUGUUCUCUCCCAUUCCUUCCUCCUCCUCCUCCUCCUCUUCCUCCUUCCAACCUCCGCCGUCGACGGCGCGUACUGGUGCGUGGCCCGCAGCGAGGCCAGCUACGAAGCCCUUCAAACCGCCCUCGACUACGCAUGCGCCACCGGCGCCGACUGCACUCCGCUUCUGUCGAACGGACUCUGCUUCCUCCCGAACACCAUCCAGGCCCACGCCUCCUACGCUUUCAACAGCUUCUUCCAGCGCAAGGCUAUGGCCCCUGGCUCCUGUGACUUCGCCGGCUCCGCCACCAUCGCCCAGACUGACCCCAGUUAUGGAUCUUGUGUUUAUCCAUCUUCAAUCAGUGCUGCAGGAGGAGCAAUCACGCCGAGCCCUCCGGCUAACACAAGCCCAACCCCGACAAUAACGGUACCAGCUACGACCACCACACCGAGCUUCAACAAUGGCAAUACCGGUGACAUGAAUGGUCUAGAUCCAGUAUACAACCCGGCAUCAACUUCAACUCCAACCAACUCGAAAGCGUCUUCGAGUUUUAGGAUCCCGAAACUCUUGUUUUCGAUUGCCAUCUCACUCGCUUCACUAACACUAUAGGAGGAGGGCUAUGAAGGGUUCAUUCAGUUUUGUUAGAAACAACAUGUUCUUUUGUGAAAACUAAAUGACAUAGGCAAAUAUCAGGUAGUGUUUAGUUCAGCCUUCACAGGAUUUGCUCAUUGAAUUCAAUGCUUCAAUUUCAUUCUUCUAUGUUCCAUU